UUCAAUUCAAUUCAAUUCAAUUCAAUUGGAUACAAAAGGAAGAAGAGCUCGCUUUGAAGUCUUGUUCUCUUCUCUUCUUCCUUUCUCGCAGACGCAGAGUCCAAAAUGUCAGACGGAGCAUUGCAAAUACUCGACGGAACUCACCUCCGAAACCUCGAUCUAUCCCUCCCCGACGACCCCACACUCACCGGAGCUCACAUACUCGACAUUGCCCACUCCCGAGUCUCCGCUUCCCUCUUCGCCCUCCCUUUAUCUGACGCGCUCAAAGCCUCCGCACUCACGCGCCUCCACCUCCCCGACGCCGACGCUUUCCUCUCCGCCGAGUAUGACCACGACAAGGCCGCUGAAGUUCUCAGAGACUACAUCGCCGCCAUCGCUGAUGAACUCAAAGAUAAUCCUAUUGUUGCAUCAAUUUUGGAUGGAAGUACCAUUAGUUUGCUGUUAGAGGAUGAGGAUGAUUUUGCCAUGUUGGCAGAAAAUCUGUUCACUGACUUAGAUGUUAAGGAUAAGGGGAAAAUCAGCAAGAGUGAAAUUCGGAAUGCUCUCGUUCAGAUGGGAGCUGAGAUGGGUGUUCCUCCUUUCUCAGAAUUUCCUCUGCUAAAUGACAUACUGAAAAAACAUGGGGCGGAUGGAGAAGAAGAGUUGGGCCAGGCCCAAUUUGCACAGCUUCUGCAAUCUGUCUUGCAAGAUCUGGAACCGGAACUUUCCAAAAAGAAUGUUGUUGUCGUCCAGAAUAUACAAAUCAUAAAUGGCUCUAAGCUAAGACAGUUAUUGGCCAAUGAACCAGAGUUAAACAGCAUUGUGGAGAGGGCAUUGCAGGAAAAACCCGAGCCAGCAGAUGGCUUGGGGAGCACAGAAACAAUAAUAAGAGGCUUCCUUGAGAAAAACGCUAAGGAGUUGGGUUUACCACUAUCUGAAGCUGACAGUGCAGUUGCUCUUCUUUAUGAUACUGUUUUUGCUGAUGUAGUAAAAGAAAAAGAUGGUGAAGGUUUAGAUAAAGAAGAGUUGGCAAAACUUAUGAAGGAUGUCCUAGAGAAAUUUGCAGAGCAACUUGAGUUUAAUCCUGUUUAUCAGGACUUCCCUUGAGGCUGGUGAAUUAUUUUGGUCACAAUUCACAUUUAGUAUUUCAUGUGUGAAACUCUGUAUCUUUACAAAGAUUUGGGGUUAGCAUCCCCUGCAGGAAAAUUCCAGUAGUGUUAUACUGUAUAAUGAAUUUUACAUAUGACAGGCACCUUAAAUAACAUGCUUAUAUGAUAUGAUGUUAUGAAUUUGAAUUGUUACUUGAUUAUCAA